AUGGGAUCCAGUUCCAUAUGGGUAAUCACCCACACGCUGCCAGCUUGCAAUUGUCGCGCAAUUCGGGUGGCCACACUCAGGCCCUUGGACCAAACCGACCCCUUCCAAGCCCGCGCAAGUGUUAUUCGCCCUGGCGAUCACGUCCGCCUCGUCGAGCCACUCAAGGAGCGGGACGAUGGGACCGAAGGCCUCCUCUGUUACGACUCGGGCGUCCUCAGGGGGUUGGUCGACGAUGGUCGGCUGGAUGAAGUAGCCAACUUUCUUCUCCCCGUUACUCAGACGCCCAACCGCGACGACCCCGAGCACAAUGUGGCAACGACAAUGGAGAGCAAGACGAUCCUGAUGAACAUAACCCGCGCCAUUGUCGAAGCAACUCACUCUAUCCCUCUGGAGCCAUCCACGCCCGUCAAUAUCACCAGUCAGACUCCGAUCCUGGCAACCUUCGUCUUGUUUGACCUGAUGGUCUACAAUUCCAAGCAUUCUGUAACCGAGACGAAUCAGCAAUAG